AUGGAUAAGGACCAAAAAGUUUACGUGUGUGCGGUUGUUGGAUUCCUACUUGGAGUUGCUGCGCAUGGAGUGUUUUCUCAUCUCUACUGUUCUAAAAAGAGCUGCUGCCCGAUGGUAAGGGUUUUAAAUCAGAAAAAUUUCUAUUAAUUAUUGAAUUUUUUUAAUAAAUUAAAUUAAAGAUAAUUUAAAGUGCAUUGCCGCUGCCCUCGUGGAGAAAACUGUAAGACUGGAGCAUGCUGCAAAGAAGGUGGAUGCUGCAAAACUGGAAAAUGCUGUGACGAUUGCACGUGUCCUAAGAAACCUUAA